AUGUCCGGUAGAUUCAACGCUCCAGGUGCUGGUGCCCCCGCCAAGAAACCCUCCAGAUUCGAACAAUUCAGACAAACCCCAGCGUACCCUGUUUUGGUCAACUUGAGUUUGUUUGUAGCAGGCGUUGCAUUCAUCCAAUCGCCUUUGAUGGAGAUGAUGGCUCCUCAACUGUAA